GAAUGAUAGAUUACGUUGCUUUGUUCCAGCGUUAAUUCGCGUAUAGUCGUGAAUUAUGUAUAAAGUUACAUACGUGAUAUAUAUUUGACGCACAAUGAAAUAUUUGUGAUAAUUUUUUUAUGAAAAUUAUUUUAAAAAAUGUCCGCAAUUAUAGAUGAUAAAGUGGUUGCAGGAGCACAAUCCGCAAAUGUUGUCAAAGAAGAUCCCAUUGUUGCUCUGACGGAGAAAGUAAAUGCUUUAUAUUUUUUCCGAGAUCAUUAUUUUGAAAAUCGUCCUAUUGUGGAAGCAGGUAAGAAACAUGGAGAUGUAGAGAAGGAAAUGAAAGAUACAUUGAACAAGUUUGAUGAGUGUAAAGGAUAUGAGAUUGAUGGGUCACGAGCAAGAUACUAUUAUCUGAAAGGAAAAGCCUUAAAUGUUACAGAAUAUUUUAUACCUCAAGCAGAAGAAUUAUUAACUAAAGCAGUGAAAUUAGAGCCUAAUCUAGUUGAAGCAUGGAAUGAAUUAGGAGAGUGUUAUUGGAAGAAUGAUGAUAUUCAGCAAGCAAAAAAUUGUUUUGUUGGUGCUUUACGCCAUGGUAGAAAUAAAGUUUCUCUACGAAAUCUGUCUAUGGUACUUAGACAGGAAUCAGUUACUAAUAAUGAGCUACGAAUAAAAAAUAUACAGCAGGGAGUGGAACAUGCUAAAGAAGCAGUUAGUCUUGAUACAACAGAUGGUAUUUCUUGGACAAUUUUAGGAAAUGCCUAUUUGUCUUCCUUUUUUACAAUAACACAAAAUCCUGCAACUUUACGCUCCUGCAUGUCAGCUUACAUACAGGCAGAAAAAGAUAUUGUAGCUGGAAGUAAUUCUCAUUUAUUUCAUAAUAAGGCAGUGGCUUUGAAGUAUCAAGAAGAGUACUGUGCAGCACUGCAAUCGUUUGAAAGAGCAAUGUUAUUAGAUCCAGUGUGGGAUACACCACCUAUGAAAAGGGAUGAAUUGUUACAAUAUUUACGAGAUGUACAAAAUUUAGUGAACAAUAACGGAAGAGUGAAACCGAAGAGAUUGUACCAAAUGAUACGGGCAUUGGAUGCUAAGCAUUUGGGACCAUACAAAGGUGGCUCUUAUACGUCCGGUCAGAAAACCGUGAAAUUAGACUUAAUAAUGCUAAAAGAUCUAGCUGUUGGAGUCAAUCCAGAGAAAGUUGUAUUCGGGAAAGUAGUAUGUUGGAUACAAGAUACUGAUUCUGUACCUUUCGCUUUUUGUCUUGUUGACGAAGAGAAAACGUGUAUUGCUGUAACAGUAUACAACCUGGCUAAAGGUCGUGGUGUUACCGUAGGAGAUUCUGUUGCUAUACCUGAACCCUUUGUUAUCCACCAAAAAUUUUCCUACCUUAAUAAUGACUUCGACUUCAAAUCUAUACGAGUUGAAACACCAGUCAUAUUGGUUGUUAACGGCCGAAAAUUAGGUAGGGAGCAACAAGCCUCCGCAAACUUUCGUACUUUUAACAAGACCGACUGAGCACAAACUAUCAAUGAUUUACGGCGAAAUACAGUCGAUUAGGAGACUUUCCAGUAAUCCGAUUGAGAAAGUGUGUCAAUAGACGAUGUGAUAUUUGAAUUUUGAGUCCAAGUAUUAUUACAUUCAUAGAAUUAUAUAUCCAUACCACAGUCAAUAUCGCUGAGGAUUGGCGGAUAUACUUGUAUUGUUACGCGUUCACGUAGGAAGAUAUCGUUCAAGUUGGAGACAAUUAAAUUUUAAAGACGUUUUACAUCAUUUGUUUUUU